AUGGCAUCGCAAACCCUCCCCGACUCCGUGAUCAUCGUGGGCGCAGGCAUCUUCGGCCUGUCCACCGCACUGGCGAUUGCCCGCCGCUAUCCCGACCCCAAGGUCACUGUCAUAGACCGCCAGACUCCUCCUGUCGAAGAUGGCACAAGCGUCGACACCACGAGGUGUAUCCGGUCCGUAUAUGCCGACCCUGACUAUGGCCGUCUGGCGGCCAAGGCGCAGCGCAUGAUCGAGGCGGACCCCGAGCUGAAGCCACAUUACUUCAAGCAAGGCAUGUCCUUCAUAACCAGUGGAAGGCCCGGCCCCCUUUUGGAGGUAUGGAAGAAGGGGCUCGCGCACCUCGAGAGCCAGGGCAAGGGCGGCUCAGUAGUGCACAUGAAGACGCCCGAGGAGGUGUUCCAGCGCGUCCAUGGCAAGGGCGCGGAGCCCGCACCCGAUAGCAAGCUGUCCAAAGAGAGGAGUUGGAACUACGGGUAUUGUAACUUGGAGGAUGCGUUCAUUGACGCCAAGGAGAGCAUACGUGUCUGCUACGAGAGGUGCCUCGAGCAACCGUCCAUCACCUUCCGGUGUGGAGUUCCUGUCCAUAGGAUUUCGAUCCAGAAUGGCCGUGCUACAGGUGUGGUCCUGGAGAACGGGGAGGUGCUGGCAGCAGGCCUGACUCUGGUUGCUGCCGGUGCCUGGUCGCCUAGGCUGGUCGACCUCGAGGGCAUGAUCGCCUCGAGCGCUAUUGAGGUCGCCUGGAUCAAGCUGACCGAUGAGGAAGUUGCCAAGUGGAAGAACAUGUCCAUUACCACCAACCUCAACACCGGCCUGAAUCUCUUCCCGCCGCACAAGGGCGAGACCAAGAUCCUGCGACGUUCCCCGGGAUACAAGAACACGGUCACCGUCCCGCACCCGGAAGACCCUUCCAAGACUCUUCAGACUUCCAUUCCGCGUACCACGGUCUCCAACCCUACUGAUGUCAUACCGUUUGAGGCAGAGGUUGGUCUGCGAGACCAGCUUCGUGAAAUCAUGCCAUCGCUGGCUGAUCGGCCAUUUGACAGGACGAAACUGUGCUGGCUCUCGCACACCUCAUCAUCCGACUUCAUCAUCGCCCCGCAUCCCAGGAUCCAGGGCUUGCAUGUCGCCACUGGCGGCUCGGGGCAUGCGUGGAAGUUCUUGCCCAUCAUUGGAGAUCUGGUGCUGGACUCUGUCCAUGACAAGCUGCCCAAGAACCUGAAGGACAAGUGGGCGUAUGCACCCAAGGGUGCUGACAUGGGCAACGCAUCGAUGCUGCGAGGAGAGAUCAAGGAGUUGCGUGACUACGUGCGCAGUAGCGAUGACGGAGUUCGUAGCCGCCUGUGA